AUAGCGAUAGUGUGGGAGGGGCUGCUGCAACGUGCACACUUUUGCAGAGAUGCCGAAAAAAGGGAAAGGGAAGAAGAAGGGAGGGAAGGGAAAGGAAAAGAAGGAGGAUGGACCUCCUCCCCUCAAGGUCGCGGGCGAGGAAGAGCCUCUGAGCGAGCUCUCGCGGCAGUUUUACAUGGUCCAGAUCAAGGACUUGGAGGAACGGGUGGGUCGGUACCAGGAGCGCUGCGCCGGGCUUCAGGUCAGCAACGAAGAGCUGCAGUCGAAACUGGCCCAGCAGGAAGAGGACCAGGGACAGGUCAUCCAGUUCCUCAAGAAAAAGACCAAGGACCAAGCUUUGAGUGCAGCAACUAUUGAGGGAGAGUUGGAGACUCUGCGAAGAGCUAGAGAGGAAGAGAGAGAGCAACUGGAGGCUCAAAUAUCCCAGCAAGAAGAAGACGCUCGCAGGGCCCAGGACAAGCUACAGGAAGAGAAUGGAGUUUUACAGGGGAAGCUGGAUGCACUGGAGGAAUUCCGAGUGAAUAAGGAGAGGCUGGAAGAGGAGUCCAGAGAGAUGGCGGCCGAUAUCGAGAGGUUGAAGAAGGAAAAGGAGGACGUGGUGUACAGUCUGGAGAAAAAGGCCGUGCUUGAUCGUGACAAAAUGAAGAGGGAAAUGGUGUCCAAAGUGAACAUGGUAGCCGGUGAAUUCCGCAAGGUGUCCGACCUCCAGAUGGUGGAGACGACAAAGCGGACGAUCCGGGAGAACGUGACCAUCGGCCAGCAGCUGAGCAAGAUGUCCGAGAAGACGAUGGCCCUGCUGAGAGAGAACGAGGCACUGCGCAGGAAAGAGACCGAAAUGAGCAGAAGAGUUGAACUCCUGGAGACAAGCCACAGGGAGGUGACACGAAGCAAUGUCAGCAACCAGAAGGUGAUUCUGCUGCUGCAGGAGAAGGCGAGGGGGCAGGAGAGGGAGUUGGAGGAUCUGAGGUACACGGCAACGCAGUGUGUCAAGUUGGAGAGGCAGGCCCAGCAGGCCAUGGAACAAGCUGCCACUACCACCAUUGACAGCAAGAUAAUAUACAGCCCCCAAGGAUACCCUUUUCUUCCCCCAUAAACAUCCCCUCUUGCAUCCCCUGAACUAAGGACCACUAACUUGUAUAUGGACACUUCAUUCUGCACCAUUGAUUCCACUGCGUACCCUCCUCAACCCUGACAACGUACUGUGUCAGGUGUACAGAGAGCGAAGUCAGAAUGUGGAGGCUGAGUUGGCCAGCAUGCAAGCACAGCUGUCUGAUGCAAGGAGGCAAAUCCAAUCACUCACUGCCAUUCUAACCCAGUCGGCACACACCAUCCAGACAGCAUUACAGGGCAGCAGUUCAGAGGCUGAGCACCUGGCAAAGAGACAGGGGCUGCUCUCCACUCUACUCCACCUCCUCACCUCCUCACCCCUCACCAGAAGCACACCUUCACACCUCACACCUUAUACACCAGGCGACCUAGGCAUAGUGCCACCCUCUGGCAAGAGAAGUGAUUAUCAAAUUCACCAGAACUCCAUACAAACCGGAAAAGGAGCUUUGUAGUUAUUACCAUUCACUGAUUACAUCAUUAUGACUUCAUGGUAAUGCCCUACAGUUCACAUGUGUGCUAGCUGUGUACUUCACAUUGUCCAGAACAAUGCAACAAUGUACAGUGUACAUAAUCAAGGUCCCAGGAGACA